AUGCGUUUGAGUUGCGCACUGAUCGCCCUUUGGUCGUCCCUAAGUCUGGCCGAUGCGCGGUGGUGUAUCACGCUGGCCGUCACCAAUGGACUCUGUGUUCCGCUGGCCGGCUGCCCACCGUGGAAGCAGCUCUCGGACAAAACGUACAUCAGCGUACAGGAAACGAAUCUGCUGCAAAAUCUUCAGCGGUCGACGCCAAAGACGCAGAGCUCGGUUCAAUCGACAAAGAGCAGCACCACCACCUUCAGACCGGAAGUAGACACCUUCGUUCCCCACCGGGUCACCGAUCGGAUGGUACCGCACGGAGAGUGUCUUCAAGAUUGGCUACCAGAAGACGCUAGGCACGGUGGGCGAUACGCAGAGAAUGCCGCCUUUGGAGUGUUCGUAGCCGGCACCAACGCCCAAGACAAACGGGGCCGAUGCGUUGGAAGUCUCAUCACUCCCGACUACGUCCUGACGGUGGCACACUGCGCGAAGGACCUCGAGAACCUCGUGCUGUACGUGAACGCGCACAAUCUAUCGGACGACGGCCACGGGCUGCAGAUUCGGGGAAGAAACGUGCGCCCUUCGUACGUGGAGGAGGUCAUCAUCCACGAGAACUACACGAAGACUAGCGCAGGGUGUGACAUCGCGUUGCUCCGGUUAAAACGCAGCAUUCCGAUGGGUGCGCCGGACUCACCGUGGCCGGUUUGCGUCCCACUGGCGCAGGAACACGAGGAGGUUGCCUCCUUCGGGCACGCGUUGCGCUCCUUCGGCUGGGGCCUCAAUGCGGAAGGGCAACCCAGUGACACCAAGCAGUGGGUAACGGUGGAGCGCAUUUCACUGGAGCAGUGCCGGGACAUCCUUCAAGGCGCAAGUCUUACCGCCCCUCAGCUCGACGAGCGGAGCAUCUGCACGGUCAGCAUCACCGGACACGACGUGUUCGCCGGCUAUUCCGGUGGGCCGCUGAUGUACCGCAAGCAGGGUGUCUGGUUCGUGGUGGGACUGGUCAGCUACGGUGUCGGACGGACCAACAACCUCUACCCCGUCGUUUCGACCAACGUCCAGCAGUACGGUGAGUGGAUACUGGACAAGAUACGAUCCAGGAGCGGUCCUGGUAGAGUGGCCGCCACUGGGCAGUCAUUGAAAUAA